UGAAGAGCGUGCAGGCCAAGAGAACGUUCACAAGUUAAACUAUUCUUUUCUUGUGACCAACUAUUAAAAGUACCAAAUGGCACACAUGGUGACAGUUGGUCGGUACAUUGUCUCAUCAAAUUUAAUGAAAACCAUAAAGUCUAAGAGUGCCAACUCUGAUCUGACUGCGCUUUGACCACAACAAAGUACCAGACAUGUGCACAGGACACAGGUUUUCUUCAUAGAGGGGCCGGUUUCAUGUUUCUCUGAACUGAAGCGGCGAACUGACUGUGGUAUAUGUGACCUAAAUUUCACAGGCUGUGAACUUUGUUAGGGCGUUAAGAAGCAGAUAAAGCUAAAACCCACUCACUAUAUUAUAGAACAUCAACAUUUCCUGCAGUCUUACACAUCAAUUGCAAACUUGAUGAUUUGAAUGUAACUGGAAACAUGUGCAUAGAACACAGAAACUUGACAAUGACACUCAUGCCACUGUUUGUGGCUGGUCUUCUCUGCAAUACGCCGAAUGUGGAAUAUCAACAGCAACGUAUCUGUGCGGUCAAAGGCUCGUCCGUUGUCAUUCCUUGUUCAUUUUACCAUCCUGACAACCUGAUAGUAAAGAGGUUGUUUCAUUUUUUGACAGCUAUUUAAGAAAAGUCACUGCACGAUUUCAGUAUAUUGGUGAUAAACAUCACAAUUGUUAUCUUAAAAUAGACCAAGUGAAGCAUAAUGAUGCAGGAAAAUACACACUCAGAUUUACCACCAAGAAAGACGGCCUGGUAAUGUUAGCCCAAAUUUAAAGGUUGUUGAUUUGAAAGUUAUGGUGACAAAACCUAACGGAACAACGAAGAAGGAGACUCUAUGAAUCUGACCUGCACAAACGGCUGCGAUACCGGUAACCUUUCAUCUGCUUUCACCUGGUUUAAGAACAGGGAACCCGCAAAUGAAGGACCUACACUUGUUCUCUAAAGACACACCCAGGAACAACUUCAGCAGUCCUAAAUAUCGAUGUUGAAUAUGGCCCAAAGAACACGUCAGUGUCUGUCAAACCAUCGAUGGAGGUGAACGCCGGCAGCAACAUCACCCUGAUCUGCAGCAGCCGUGCAAACCCCCCAGUGGAGAAUUAUACUUGGUUUAAAAUAGAUGAUGAUGAUGUUAUUGCUGUUGGACGCCAGCCUGUGUUGUUCAGAUGAUGGCAGCCAGUAUUUAUGCAGCACCACCAACAGAUAUGGAAGUCAAAACUCCUCUGUUGUCACUUUAAAGAUGAAAGAAUAUUGGGCAACAUUUACCAGAGAUGUACUUCUCUUUCCUACUGUUGCCGUGCUUCUGAUUGGGACCACUGUUAUCGCCGUCAGAAGACUCAACAAAAAAAGAACAUGGGAACCAAGAACAGACUGCAAGGAAGACAUACAGAAUACAGACUAUGUCAACUGGCUCAUCUGUGAUAACCAAUCACAGGGGGGACAAGAAUGUCAGGGAGGAGCAACAGAACUAAUCUAUGCAAACAUAUACUUCAGCAACGAAAAGUCAAACAUGGAGCAGCACGUGGACUCCCCUAAUGAUGAAGAUAUAAUUUACAGCACAGUGUGUGUGUAAAGCUCAGGAAACACUGACACAUUUAAUGAACAUUUGCAUAAAACAAUGUAAGUGCAAAAACUUUCAUUCAAGGAACGACUGAGUCUGAGAACCUACUGACACUCAGCGUUACAAGAGGGUGAUGUCUGCUGGAAACCAAAAUCGAUGUCAGUGGUCAAAUAUGUCUCAAGGAUUCAUCAAAGAGAAAAACUAAUUGUUUUUUUAAUGCACAUUAUUGUAUUUCUUUCCUUGGCUUUGGGUCAACACCCACUGGCUGUUGCUUUCUGGUGCUCAGUGUUUUUCAGAUGACAAACACUCAGAUUUUAUGGUUUUGGCACUGAGAAAGUUGAGUUGCUUUCUGUAGUCUGAGCCUCUCAGAGUUGUCUAAAUCAUAUUCCCAACUGUAAACCUAUGCUACUGACAACUGCAACAGUUCAAACAGGCUGUAAAAACUGGAAACGCGUGAAAGAAAUAAAAUGCACACAAGUCUUCACUGCAAAAACUGCGCAAUGCUUAAAACUGUUUUUCAACAAAAUGUACCAAGAGAAUGGUCGACUGGCGCGUUUGUAGUAAUCUACCUUUAGGGAAUUAAAUAAUAACUGCACCAAUUUAGCACUGAAUGUUUAUUACACAGUCUGACUCACUAUGGUCAGUUGAUAUUUUUGUUUUUUAUUGAAAACCUGGUGUCUACAUUACCUAUGAUGCAACUCGACGUCCGACAGUUGCUGCUAACCUCAGACAGAGUUGAGGAGCGGGCUAGAGAGGGCUGAUGAGCUCACUUCUAUCCCCAUAGCCCUAGAUUUAUUUAAUUUUCAGACUUGUAGUCUUCAGCCCCAACUGAUUCUGACUCAAGUGACAUCACUUGAUGCAAUUUAUCCGACUUUGCUCGGCUCCCUCUAGAGCCACAAGAGGCUUUCUACAACUUUUUUUUUGCAAUAGUUUCUCCCCAAGACCUGUGAACAAACUUUGUUGUUUAAAACCAGUAUAGAUCCCUUUUAAUAGCUGAUGGGUUUUUUUUCCUACUGGUACAGAAAAUAAAAUGUGUAUGUUCAGCAAUAGAUCACAUGUUGUAUGACGAUUACCAGUUUGCAUUUAAGCGCCAAGUUACCAAAGUUAAACAUGGAAAAUGAAAUAAACCUAAAUAGGAUAAACAUUGUUCAAACAAUUGAGUGCAGUCAUUGCUCCAUAUAGUACAGUAACACUUGGUUAGUAUUGUCUAAUUGUGUUGGGGGAAGAAAAUUUUACAGUACCUGUGACUGUUCUUUUCCAUUUUGCCAACAAGAAGGCAACAUCAUUAGCACCUGCAGGGACUGGUUUCAUUAUACCGCUAAGGUUCAAAUAUAACCUGUGCAGUCUGUGGUGUGACCUGAUUUCAGUCUGAGAGCGAUCCAAAACUUUACAUUACAGGAAGCUUUGCUUAGUAGAGGGAGAAGACAUAAGACACGCUAAUUCUGUGUUUUGAGUAGAAAACAAUCAAACUAGCCUGCAGAGAUCUUUUCAAAAGCUUUUAGAUCAAAUAGCAGCCUUAUGAUUACUUGGCUAUAACGCUAUAACUGGAAAGAGUUUCAACAUGUAUGUUGAACACAGGACCCUGACAUGGACACUGAUGCUAUUGUGUUUGUCUGGUAAGUACAUCAUUUAAAUAUCAUUUAAGGUAACAUUAAAAGGAUGAAAUAAUAUAUGCAUCAACAUUUGUUUCAGGUGCUCUCUGCAGUCCGUGGAAAGUGGAAUAUCUACAGCAACAUAUCUGUGCAUUGAAAGGCUCGUCUGUCGUCAUUCCUUGUUCAUUUUACUAUCCUGACAAGCAGAUAGUGCAAAGUGUCUUAUGGGGUCAUGAAAGGUAUAAUAUCUAUGUCGGUCCUUUCAUAUUUGAUAGCAAGGCGAUUGAUAACUCUUCAAGAUUUCAGUAUAUUGGCAACAAAGUACACAAUUGUUCUUUGAAAAUAUACCAAGUGGAGCAUGAUGAUAGAGGAAAGUAUACCUUCAGAUUUAUAACUAACUCUCCGGAGGGAAAAUGGACUGGUAGAGCUGGCUCAAUAUUGAAGGUUGUUGAUUUGGAUGUUUUGGUGUCUGGAACAACGAAGGAAGGUGCCAAUGUGAAUCUGACCUGCACAAACAGCUGUGAUGGCGGUAACCUUUCAUCUGCUUUCACCUGGUUUAAGAACGGAGAACUCACAAACGAAGGCCCUGUACUUUAUUUAAGCAACAUGUCUACCACAAACUCCGGAAACUACACUUGUUCUCUAAAGACACACUCUGGAGCAACUUCAGCAGUCAUAAAUGUUGAUGUUGAAUAUGGCCCAAAAAACACGUCAGUGUCUGUCAGACCAUCGAUGGAGGUGGACGCUGGCAGUAACAUCACCCUGAUCUGCAGCAGCCGUGCAAACCCCCCAGUGGAGAAUUAUACUUGGUUUAAAAUAGAUAAUGAUGAUAUUAUGGCUGUUGGACGCCAGCCUGUGUUCAUCCCUGGUGAUGAUGGCCAGUAUUUAUGCAGCGUCUCCAACAAACAUGGAAGCCAAAACUCCUCCAUUGUCACUCUAAAGAUAAAGGAAUUUUGGCCAACAUUUACCAGAGAUGUGAUUCUCAUUGCCACUGUUGCUGUGCUUCUGAUUGUGACCACUGUGAUUGCUGUCACAAGACUCAACAUUAAAAGGACAAGUGCACCAGAGCCAGACUGUGAUGAAGACAUACAGAAUGCCAAUUAUGUCAACUUGCCUGUUUUUGACAAUAACCAGUCACAAGAGGGAAAUCCGUAUGAGGAAACAACAGCAGAAGUCAUCUACACAACUGUUGACUUUGAUACCAAGAGGAAGCCAAACAUGGAGCAGCAGAUGGUUUCCCAUACUGGUGACGACAGUGUGAUUUACAGCACAGUGUGCAGGAACCAACCCAUCAUAUGACAAGCCCGAUUUGACCACAAACGCAUGCCGUUUUGCAGUAACAGGUGUACAGACUUGCUUUGCAGUGAAGAUAUUAUUGUUUUCAUAGUAUAAUCUCUGGGCAACAAGACAACAUGUGGGAAUAUCCACAACAAGACAUUGUUCAACAGAAUGUCACUGAAUGUUUAUCUAAGGUUGUCAGGAAAUACAUGUUGAUGUUGAUUAUUUUUUUUACAGUGUUUGUUGGCUGCACAUUGAAAAUCUAUAAACUUGACACAUCUGAGGUGAUGUCCUUCUACUGGUCUGCCUCCCCCAGUUUAACAGGAGGAUGAAGUCUGCUGGCAACCAAAGCCAAUGUCAAAAUAAUCCAAUAUAUCUGUGUCUCCUCGUAGAGAGUGCUUGGUGUUUUACAAAUGAAACAUGCUCUUUUUUUGUGGUUUUGGCACUGCAAAGGUCAGUUUGCUUUCAGUAGUCUUUAGCUCCUGAGCUUCCAAAGAGUAAUUUCCUAAAAUAAUAUACACAAGGUAGGCUACAGACAAUGGCAGCAGGCUCCUCAGGCUGUAAAAGAUGGAAAUGUGUGAAAGAAAUUAAGUACAGACACAAGCUAUUAUACUUGACAAUAAGAGAUGAGAGCAAAACCAAAAGCAGUAUACAAUGGAACAGAAAAAGAAGUAAGUUUCGUUUUGUCUAAGACUGGAACGUUUUUCAGGGGAAAACUGCACAGAGUGAAAGUGAAACAAUUUUACUCAGCUCUCAUUAACGGUCACUGGUCCUUCUUUUUAUUGGUACAACAUCCUGUCACUACACUGAAACUGUGAAGAUUUUCUUUUCAUAACACAUCUGCCUGGAUGCCCUCCAGGGCAUUAAUAAUACACCUUUAUUCAAUAUAAGCUCACAUCUGCAGCCCAGUGAGCAAAAUGGCUUCUUUAAUACUGUACCUGAGACAAUAAACCACCUUGCAAACA